AAUAUGGCGGCUUAUUUGUCAUAAUUUUACAAGUCUGGUAAAUAAACGUGAUUUCAUGCGAAAGUAAACGGUGAACCGUUAUUUAAAACUGUCAUAAUAUACAAACAAGAUGGCUGCAACACAACUGGAACAACUUGAAGAUGGCAUGAUACAGGAACUAACGAAAUUAUUGUGGGGAAAUAAUGUAAAAGACGAUGUUUUCGACCGGUGGUCGCAAGGUUUUGUGUUCAGUGAAGAUGAACCUUCAGCUUUAGUUCAGUUAGAGGGUGGACCAUGUGCAAUAAUAGUUCCUGUACAGGCUUAUAUCCUUAAACAUAUAUUGUUCUCUGAUCAGCCAAAACCAGAACUCUCAACCAUAUCAAAUGAAGAAUCUUCCAACUACCUCUGUAAAGCUUUAAUAGAGAUAUUGUUGUCAUUGAAUACUCAAACAUAUUAUAUUAUAAAGCUACCUGGCAAUGACGGAGCGGAUGCAAGCCAAGGUAACAGUGAAAAUAGUGAGAGCGGAGAACGGGAUUCCAAAAGACGUAGAAUUGAUAGGGAAACAUUCCAUUCUAGAUUACGGUGUUUAAAAUGUGAAAAUGAUAAUCAGAUGAAAAUAGCAGCAUCCUCGUUACUAUCGGAUUAUCAAGAUAAAUAUGGUGUUUUAUUAUUUAUGUAUUCAGUAUUAUUAUCUAGGGGAAUUGAACAAGUAAAGAAUGAAGUUGAAGACCAAGAUGAUCCUCUUAUCGAUGGUGUACAUGGCCAUGGAAGCCAAAGUUUAAUUAAUUUAUUGUUAACAGGAAAAGCUAUAUCUAAUGUAUUUGAUAAUGAUAAAGAUGUAUGUGGUCUGGUUUUACGAGGUAUACCACAGCAAUCUGUAGUUGGAUUCCUGACAUUAUUAGAACAUAUGAGAUACUGUGAGGUUGGGUGGUAUUUAAAGAAUCCGUGUGUACCUAUUUGGGUAUUAGGUAGUGAAACACAUCUUACUGUCUUAUUCUCUAAGGAAAGAGGUUUAGUUGAUACAGACAGUCCUAUUAAAACAGCUCAACAAAUCUUUAGUUCUUUUGAUCCUGAAGGUAAUGGGUUUAUACAAACAACACAACUAGGUGAUGUAAUGGAAGCAUUAAAUUUAUUCUCUGACAAAGAAUAUGUAGAUAUAAUGAAAGGUAAAUUAGAUGGUGAAUCUCUGGGUAUUAUUACAUCAAAUAGUUUUUUGGGUGAGUUUUAUGCUGAAGAAUUAAAUAAUGGUGGGACACCUCAACAGUUUGAUGUACAACAUUAUAAUGGUCUGGCUAGAUCCUGUCCUAAUAAAAAGAUUAAAUAUAUACAAGGUACAGCUCAGUUACCAGAUGAAAUAGAACUACAGAUAGUUACUGAUACAUCUCCUAUAAAACUCUGUUUACAAACUAAAUGGCCAUCUAUAGAAUUACGCUGGAAUAUGGAUUAUAUACCCUCUCUAAAUUAAACUAGUCAUUCAGCUUUUAAUAUAUUUCACUAGAACAAAAACAAUAAAUGUACAAUAAUAGACCAUGAUAUCCUUGUAUGUUAAUAGGAAAGGCUUUUAAAAAGGACAUGACCACCUUUCUUCUGGUGAAAAAUGAUGUGAUUAUAUUUCAUGUGUUUAUUUAUUUUGUGUAAUGUAUAUUAAAGAUAUCCAUAGAUUAACCCUUUAGCAUGGGGACUCCUCGAAACUACGGAUCCAUCUAGAGCCUUGAACUGCCAGAGUCAUGUGUAUAGUUACAAACUAUUUCUAUGGCUGAGGUGAUUAAAAGCUGUAUAGUUUUGAUCAGUCAGAAUAUGAGCUAAAAAGUCUACGAAAAAAAAUUAUUUCUUUUCUCUAAAGAGUAGUCGAUCAGUGUUUACAUGUACAAAGGGUUAAACUGUUGUUUUGAAAUAUAACUAAUAUAACUCCUACCCAUUCACAAUUAAAAUAACACAUUAGAUUCAUCUAAUUCAACACGUUAAUUUUUAUCGGAAUGAAAGAGGUCUUGUCCUAUGAUUGAACAGUGGCGAUAUUAUGAUUUUCCAUCCGGCUUGAUGUGGUGCAGGGACCUCCCUCAAAAAGCUUGGAUAUGGUUAGCUUUGAAUGAGAAGUACAUUAAUAGAUUUUUAAAUAAAUUAAGUCUGUUGGAUGUGGGGGUCAUGCCACUGAUUUUAUAUCUUAUCUAGCAGUUUAUUGAUUUUAACACAUGUCACAGCAUAUAUAUGAUAAUAUGACUAUCAUCUGAUAGCAUUACAGUCUUCAAACAUAGUAAUACUAAACAUUUAUGUCAUUUGCUAGACAUUCCUUCUUUAUUACAAUUGUCAGCCAUGUAAAUUUGUGUACCUCUGUGGGGCUCUGAUAUUUCACUUGAUGCCAUAUUUAUUCAUCAUUGCUGAUAAUUCUGUUUACCAUUUCUUAAACACUCUUCUUAAGCUAAAUAAACUGGGUAAACUUUAGUGAGAGACGGCUGUUUAAACAUGACACAUGUAUAUGUACCAUAAUCCUUUAGGACUGCUCAUUCUUUCUAUAGACCUCUGUCGUAU